AUGGGAGAACUUGAACCUUGGAUGGAUGAUAAUUAUGUUCGUCAAAUAUGGUAUCAAUAUGGAGAAAAUGUUAAUUUUUUAAGUAAUGCAGCAGCAGUUAAAGCUUUGGCCAGUUUAAAUGGUACGUCAAUUCCUGGUACUAAUAGAAUUUUUAAGUUAAAUUGGGCGUUUGGUGGUGGUUUGGCUGAUAAAAAAGAUGAUCGUAUUCCAGAAUUUUCAAUAUUUGUUGGUGAUUUAGGGCCUGAUGUUAAUGAAUGGAUAUUAAUGACUGUUUUCUAUCAACGUUAUCCAAGUUGUAAAUCUGCUAAAAUAAUGACGGAUCCAAUGACAGGAAUUUCUCGCGGAUAUGGAUUUGUUCGUUUUGGAGAAGAAAUUGAACAACAACGAGCUCUUAUAGAAAUGCAAGGAGCAUUUUGCGGAAAUCGUCCGAUGCGAAUCUCUACAGCAAUUCCUAAAAAUAAACUUUUUUUCCAAGGUGUGAUGAGGUGA